CGACUUCAUCGCCCACCCUCGCCACCAUCGCACUUUUGCUGCCGUCGAAUUGACGCUCAACAUAUCCCUGCUGUUCAUGGACUAUUACACUCCGCGUUCGAAGACGGGCGCCCGCCAGAAAAAGAUAUCGUUGUCGGCAAAAGAGUACACCAAGAUUGCAGGUACGAUCGCGUCAGUGCGUCGUAACCGUAUUCCGGGAGAUGGGCUGGAUAAUGAGGUCAAUGUAUGCGACUAUUCGUCGCGUGAGGCUCGCCAUGAAGGCUACAAUGAGCCCUCUUUCAUCGCCGAGACUUCCUUCGUGCGUGCACCCCUCAAUUCUCGCGUCAGCAAUGGCGUCGUUCCACCAAAGUCGAAAGGAAAAGGGAAACAGGAGAGCCUGGACCAUGUGUCGGUGGAGAUUCAAGAGGCCAUUAUUCUCGAGGACCUGCUUUAUGUCCUUAUGGGAAUCGAAGGAACAUACGUGACUUUUCAUCCCGACUAUUCGCCUGAAGAAGACGAUCCUCUACAAGGCGUUCAUUUCUCUGUUUCGUCAUCAUUGGACUCGUCUUUGCGUGACCUUGUGGAACGAAUACUUCCUCUCGGCACGUAUUACACAGCCAUCUCAUCCUUCAUUGAACAUCGAAGCGAUCUUGACUACGGCCUUGUCAACCAUGCCCUCUGUGCCGCCAUACGUGAUAUGCUCAAGGAUUAUCAAACCCUCCUUUCUCAACUAGAACAUGCUUUCAACUACUCUCCUCAAUUCUCUCUCCAAAAGCUAUGGUUCUAUGUGCAUCCGACUGUUCAUACGCUAUCCCUAAUCUACCAACUCAUCUUAGAGCUAGGGUCGGCAGAUGAUCCAUCUGGAGAACUUUCAGGCUCUUCAUCUGACAGUGAGAGCAUAGACCCGGAAGAGGAAGCCCGUAACGAUGCGCUUGGUAUCGGAGGUGCAAAGCUCAAGGCAGUUCUCUCAGAAAUCGACAAGAAUGGCCUGGCUACAAGCAGUGGUAUUGCGGUCAAGGGAGGCGAAGUCCUUACGAUUAUAUAUGAACGGAUGCAAAACAUGUCUGGAGAUCCCACAGCGAACAUGUUAUAUGGGUCUCUACUGAAAGCCUCGGGGAAGCCAUACGUCAACAUGCUCAAAACGUGGAUGACGACCGGCAGGUUGGUGGACUCACACGAGGAGCUAUUGGUCAAGGAGUCCAAAUUCAUCGAUCGGGGCAUUUUGGAGAUGGAUUAUACGGACGAAUACUGGGAGCGGAGAUACACGUUGAGGGAUGGCACGUCCUCUGCAACAUCGAAGCGGCAUUUGGCCGGUGUUCCCUCUCCUCGGUCUAUUGGCGGAAGACUACCCGGAGGCGCCUGUGUACCUCCACUGCUCGAAGGGUGGAAACACAAAAUUCUACUUGCGGGAAAGUAUCUCAACGUGAUUCGUGAGUGUGGCAUUGAAAUACGGCGAGAUCCGCAUGACGAUGAAGAAUGCAGCAUGGAUGAUGAAAAGUUCUAUGCGUUCAUCGAGAAGGCUUAUUCACAUGCCAAUCAGACACUCUUACGACUCCUGAUUAAAGACCAGCAACUCAUUCCUCGUCUGCGCUCUUUCAAACGUUACUUCUUCCUAUCCCAUUCCUCCUUCCUGACCCAUCUCCUCGACCUCUCGCAGAAUGAGCUUCGCAAAUCAGCAAAAUCGGUGUCCAUUGUCAAACUACAAAGUUUGCUAGAUCUGGCGUUGAACAACGAUGUUCACGGUGACGAAGCUUUAUUCAGAGAGGACGUGAAAGUCACGAUGGCUGCUACGGGGUUGUACGAGUGGUUGAUGAAGGUCGUAGGGGAGAGUGGUCAGAUCGGAGACGAAAUUGAUCCCACGAAAGUCAAGGAUGAAAAGAAAGAGAAAGAGAGAGAUGAGAAGAAGGCAUUGCUUGCUAUCGAUGCAUUAGCCUUCGACUACAAUGUCAAGUUUCCCCUAUCCCUCGUUAUGUCACGCAAAACCAUCUUGCGGUAUCAGCUCCUUUUCCGUUUCCUUCUCAACCUGAAGCACGCUGAGCAGUCCCUCUCCUCCGUAUGGGUUGACCAUAAAACGACUACAUGGCGGCGAACAAUGAAAGACCAGCCAGAAUUCGAAAAGUGGAAACCUCGAGUGUUUUUACUUCGGGCGCGAAUGUUGUCUUUUGUACAGCAGAUACUCGCUUUUGCGACGUUCGAGGUCCUUGAGCCUAACUGGCGGGCGUUGGAGGGAAAGCUAGACAAGGUAUCGACUGUAGACCAGCUAUUGAGGGAUCAUGUAGAUUUUCUGGAUACCUGUCUCAAGGAGUGCAUGCUGACCAGUUCAAAGCUAAUUAAGGCGUUCUCGAAGCUGACCGCGACAUGCUCAAUGUUUGCGAUGUACGGUCCGUCGUUCACACGGUCGGCGAAUAAAGCCGUAGAUGGCCUGGAAACGGAGCAAGACAAAGCCCGGAGAUGGGAUACAUUUAUCAAGUUUGAAGCCAACUUUAAUCACUGGUUCCCCAUAUACCUUGACUGCGUGCAAUAUUAUGCAUCCAGUGAAAAUGUGUCCCUGCUGCCACUGGUGGUUCGACUAGGCAGCAUCAAAACAGCAGUGCCACCGUCGUCAUCCCAUCCGCCCGUCCCCUCAUCAUAAUUUUCGGUCUCACAAAUGGCUCUCGCCGAGUCACUCAAUGUAAACUCUCCAGACCACUUCGGCCGUGUACGUGAGGAAUUGACCUUCAUCUCCCUUACCUCACCCUUCUGCUGCCCAAACCUGAAGUCCCGUGGACCCUGAUAUGUGGGCGCUGGAAAUACAGACAAGGACAGAGUUGAUAGAAGCGAAUGGUACCUGUACACGACGAUUUAGAUGGCAUUCUUAUGGGCUUUCAUCCGCGAUGCCUGUCAAUAAGGUACUACAGUUUUAUAGGGAAAACCAGGAUCUAAAUAUCAAGGCGAUGUUGCUUAUAUUGCUUUGGCGUUUAAGGAUGGUGAUCGAUAUCCACAACCAGGGGGACUGCGCUCAUAGUUACGAGUGUUUUAUCGAGUUCAUAUGUCUAUUAGUCACGCAUUUGGUGGUACUUGGACGUCGUGUAUUUGAUGGGUCUUCGUGCUCGGAUAUU